AGGAAGAUGCCCCGGGACACUGAGGCAGAGCAGGAGCUGAGCAUGGAGAGCAGGGAGGACAAAUGCCCGCGGCAGAACCUGGUGGAAGAGGCCGUUUUGAGCGGCUCCAUGGGGCAGGAAGCCAACGGGGAGGAAAAGCCCCAGAGAUGCCGCACGAGGAGGGGCUGCAAACGCAGAUGGCGGGGAUCUGAGGAGGAAAGAGCCAGCCUGGGCUGGGAAGGCAGCCAGAGAUCAAGCCAGAGGUCGGAGCUGGUGCUCCAUGAGCAGCUCCAUGAUGGGGAGAAGCCCCACACAUGUGUGGAGUGUGAGAAGAGCUUCAGGUGGAACUACAAGCUCAUCGAGCACCAGAGGACCCACACUGGGGAACGGCCGUACGAGUGUGGGGAGUGUGGGAUGAGCUUCAGCCAGAGCUCCCACCUGACCAGCCACCAGAGGACCCAGACUGAGGAGAGGCCCUACGAGUGUAGGGAGUGUGGACAGAGCUUCAGGCAGGGCUCCAGCCUGAUCAGCCACCAGAGAACCCACACUGGGGAACGGCCCCAUGAGUGUGGGGAGUGUGGGAAGAGCUUCAAGUGGAGCUCUGACCUGAUCAAGCACCGGAGGAUCCACACUGGAGAACGGCCCUACAAAUGUGGGGAGUGUGGGAAGAGCUUCAGGGGGAGCUCUGACCUGAUCAAGCACCAGAGGAUCCACACUGGGGAACGACCCUACGAGUGUGGGGAAUGUGGGAAGAGCUUUAAGGACCAUGACACCCUGAUCAGGCACCAAAAGAUCCACACUAGGGAGAGGCCUUACGAGUGUUCCGAGUGUGGGAAUAGAUUUCAGUUCAACUCCCAUCUCCUCCUGCACAAUCUGAGUCACACAGAGGAGAGGGCCUUCUUCUGCCCUGAGUGUGGGAAGGGAUUUAAGUACAACUGCCAACUCAUCACCCACCAGCACAUCCACACAGGGGAGAGACCCUACAAGUGUGGAGAAUGUGGGAAGAGCUUCUCACAGAGCUCUCAUUUGACCCGACACCAAUACAGCCACCGAUAA